AUGUCGGUCACGCCGCGACGUGUCCGUCUGAAGCCGUGGCUGGUCGCCCAGGUGGACAGUGGAAAGUAUGCGGGCCUGGAAUGGAUCGACCGUGACGCCAUGCGCUUCAGGAUUCCCUGGAAGCACGCCACUCGACACACACCCCAACAUGAGGACGAGGACACAAUAUUCAAGGCGUGGGCUGUGGAGACAGGGAAAUUCCAAGAGGGCUCUGACGAACCUGACCCCGCCAAGUGGAAAGCUCAGCUCCGAUGUGCCCUCAACAAAAGCCGGGAAUUCAACCUCAUUUAUGAUGGCACCAAAGAGGUCCCGAUGAAUCCCUUGAAGAUAUAUGAUGUCUGUGACAUCCUGCAACCCCUAAGCAACCCAGCUUCUUCAGAUGCUGGUUCUUGGACUCCAGGUGAGGAAGACGGUGCGGAGGAAGAUGUUCCAGAUACACCAGAAUCUCUUCCUCCAUACCCAUCUAACGGCACCAGUCCUUCUCCUCUCAUCUUGUGGUCUCCUAUGGGCUCAGAGUCUUCCAUGCCACCAUCAUCAAGUUGUCCUCAACCUAAUAAAGUUUGGCCUAAAGAGGAACCAAUUGAAACCUGGCCGAAACAGGAACCUGUUGAUGUGGAAAUGCAAGCCACGCCCAUGGCUGACUUACCCUCUGCCCCGCUUGCUGAUCCGUCUAUGCAGGGGCCUUCUCUUCCUGACACCUUAUUUGCCUCUCCAGAGAUGUGGAUCAGCUCCCUCCCAAUGACUGACCUGGAGGUGCGGUUCCUGUACAGAGGGAGGGAUAUGUGUCCCACUGUCACCGUCAGCAACCCUCAGGGCUGCAGGCUCUUCUACGGCGACCUGGGCCCCAUGGUCAACCAAGAGGAGCUGUUUGGACCGGUCAGCCUAGAACAGUUACGCUUCCCGACGACGGAGAACAUCACUAAUGACAAGCAGAGACUCUUCACGAACCGGCUGCUGGACGUGAUGGACCGAGGUCUGAUCUUAGAGGUCAGUGGCCAUGAUAUCUAUGCUGUGCGGCUGUGCCAGUGUAAGGUGUACUGGUCUGGGCCCUGCGCACCAAAUGCCUCGACGCCAAACCCCAUCGAGCGACAAACAAAGGUCAAACUUUUUUGCCUGGAGUCUUUUCUCAGUGGUGUGAUUGCCCACCAACGCGGACAAACCCCAAACCCUCCACAGUUUGAAAUCAGCCUUUGUUUUGGAGAGGAAUGGCCUGACGGGAGACCAACAGAGAGGAAACUCAUCAUGGUGCAGAUCAUUCCAGUGGUCGCCCGCAUGAUCACAGAGAUGUUUUCCGGAGACAACACACGAUCCUUCGACAGCAGCAGCGUGCGACUCCAGAUCUCCAUCCCCGAUAUCAAAGAUAACAUAGUGACCCAUCUGAAGCAGCUCUACUGUCUUUUGCACACCAACCAAGGCCCCCAAGACGGCUGGGUUUUGCCUCCCGGCGCAGGCUUGAAUCUUGUCCAGACCUUGCAAGGCCAGUGA